AUGGAGAGGUGGCUGUGGGUGGCUGUCUGCCUGGCUGCCGGUGUGGUAACAUCAGUGUCGGUAAUAAUGGAGCACGGGAACGGCACGAAGACCUACAUAACGGACGGGGAUGUGGAGAAGAAGCCGCAGGUGGUGGGCACCCCAGGGACCCUCCUCUCCCCGGACCGGUACGAGUUCUACUCCUUCGGCGAUGACGGAGAGCUGGUGAAGAAGCUGAUGACCCUCGACCAGAUCCAGAGCCUCAUCGCUGGAGGUGACGAGCUGGACUCCCUCCCGGUCUACGACCCCCAGCCGCUCAUCGACAACACUCACACCGAAGGGGUCCACAAGGUGUUGGAAAGUGUGCAGAAUGUUCUCAAGGGAGAGCUUCAAGCGGCUAAGGUACACCCCAAGCUGCCCAUGCCGCUUCCGGACGAUUCUUGGAGCAUACUCUUACCAGGGUUGCUUAACAGUGAUUUGGAUUUGAAAGAAUCUCAUACACCACCUAAAACAGAAACUAGUACAGCGAAAACCAGCACAUCAUCCCAAAAUAUUCAUAAUAAGAAUCCAAUCAGCACCAGAAGACCAACUCAAUCAACAACCAUUCGAAGCACCAGCCGUCCAACCAGCCAAACUACCGUGCCCCAGCAGACAUCAACCAUGCAUUUCACAUCGACCCAACAGUCGGUCAAGCCUGUGGCGGAAUCGAGACCUACGAUUGCCUACAGUACCAGCCCGCCUUAUGUAAAAACAACUGCAGCUAUCAAUAAUAAAUCACCAAGUCAGAAACCACAAACUACGUCCAAAAAACCGAUCGUUUCAACGAAGAAGCCAUAUAUCAGCGAACCCCCACUAGUAAAAAUAUCAUUAGCUAGUACGCAGAAAUUGGAGUCGACAACGAAACCAACAACUGUAUCUAAGAUGCCAACCACAGUUGUUGAAGAAAGAACUCCGAGCACCAAAUUUCCAGAAACGAAGAAACCAAUACCAGAAAAACAGAAGCCUAGCGGUAUCCCUACAAUAACUCAUUACCUGCCUAUCAGCAGCAUGAGCCCUUCAAGUUCGACUUCACCCAGUUUGACAGAGCCGACUACUCUUAAUCAAAAACUGUCCUCGACUUCCAAAGAACCACUUCGAGUGACAACAACAAAACGACCCUCAACAUUUCCUACUUCACAAAUGACCACACAGAGUUUUACUAAAAGACCUGUUCAAAAUAAAAUCCCAAUAACGAAUAACAAAACUCAAUCCAUUAUUUCUUCACAAAAUGAGAAAUUAGUCAUGAAAAAUCCAAAGCCUGCUGCAGAAACUACAACUACUAUGAAACCACAGAAUGCAACUACUACACCAGUUCCGCCAACGACAGUUAUAAAUGUGACCACAGAACCAAUAGUUUCAAAUGAACAAAUUACAACAUCGACUGAAAAAUCGAGUACGAAUCCUGAAGCUGAAUCAAUGUCAACCACACAUAUGCCCAUGAACAAUUCCCUUUCACUUGAUCAAGAAAAACACGAGUUGGAGAAACAUUCCGGACUCGUACCAGAAAACAACUUGAUAGGAGAAAACAGCAACAUAAUAAAUUCUAAAGUCAGACCAUCGGCAUCUCCAAUUGUAAUGAGUACUACAACCGAUCCUUCAGAAAAAUUAACUUCAUCUUCCACUCCGUUUCCUGAAAAAUUCACCACUUUUUCAUAUACAUCAAAGAUAACACCAACUGGUGAAAUAAUUACUAUAUCUCAACCGACUGUAAAUUCAACCCAAGAUAAAUCAACAACCGGAACAUCCUUCCAAACAACUACAGUUCCUUCUAAAUUACCGACUACUAUUGACACUCGAACAACAGAAAAACCACUUGAAAGAGAAACAUCACUGUCGCAACUAUCAUCUAAACCAAUGGAAACCGUCCGAGACCAAAUCCUGAUUUCUAGUUCAAUGCAACCAACAACUUAUCAUCCUCAAAAUUUCAGUUUUCCUUCGGAAAAAAAUCAAGUUCAAGUCCUGUCAUCGACAACUCCUAUUUCUACUACCAUUAUGACGAAUUCCCCCACUGACGAAACAAAGAAACAGACUAUAACGACCCCUGUAACAAUAACAGAGCAACCCGCCUAUAGUUCAACGAACCCGAUACAGUUGUCCUUGCGCUCCAACUUUAGUGCAAUUGAUGCGGCAACAACAUUACAAAGUGUAACCAAGCCCACAACACUUGUAGAUAACUUGGGAGAAACUACAAUUGCUGUAACAACGCCUAUUUCGAAUGCAAGUUCAGAAACAACAAUUAAUGAUUCUACAUCGUAUCCCACAGAAGAAAUACCUCUGCAGGAAAUACCCUUAAAAAUAUAUGAAAGUCUGAAGGAUAAUGUUAGUGGUGCUCAAGAUCUGUUGACCACAAUAAUGUCAGAGAAUUUAUCAACAACCCCCGAAAAAGUGGAAAACUAUUAUUCAACAAAUUACGAAGUAACUGCCCCCACGACCACUACUACGACUGAUAAAGUGAUAACAAUAUUUGAUAUAGUCAGUUCAACUACGAUCCCACAAAACCAUUAUGUUAUAGUAAAUAAUUCUGAACCUUACAUUUUGGAAAAAAAUGCACCCUCAUUCAUUAGCUACACCGAAAGUGAGAUGAACACAUCUACCACAAACGAGCCAACACAAUUCAGCACAGAAGCUCCAGUCGAUCGAAACACCAGUGUAUAUGAAAGUACGCCACAAGAUGAAGCAACAACGUUUUCAACAACCAUCCCAGUUAAUAAUUCCGAACUGGAAAGCUUGGAAACAACACCCAAUUUAGAUUCAACAACAAUGUAUAAAGAUCAAAUAGUGCAGGAAGGAAUAUCUGCUGUAACCAGUAUACUCCUUGACCAAGCACAAAAACAACAAGCAAUGAAACAAGCAAUUUUAGCAACGGCGAUAAAAAGUGAUGGUACUUUAGAUAUGGAACGAAUAAGGACGACAACAGAAGACGAACGAAUUACGACUACAAUGUCUGAUUCUACAGAGACGUCUGUAGGAAAAUUUGGUUCCGAUGGGGAACAGAUGAAAUCAGAAGUAAGACAGGAUGAAGAUGCAGAAUUACCUGAGAAAUUCACAACCGUAGAAGUCGAGAUCACAACUCAAAGCGACAAACCGAAAACAGAAUAUCCGCCGAUAAAAGAUGAAAUAAAAGUAAGUAAUGUUAGCAGUAAUAAGCAACAGAUAAAAAAAACUGAACAAAAAUCCACUCCUGUAGUACCAACGAAAGAGAGCAAAUUAAAUCCGGAUACUGAUCAUGGGUUAAAAAAGAAAACCUCUAAUAAAAAACAUGGAGAAAAUAUACCCUUGUUAAGAACAUCACCUAUUCCCGAAUUCACUGCUACUACAGAAAGGCUGAAAUUGCAAGACUCGGAAAAACCUGUACCAAAGCCGUUGAGUCCAUUCGCUAAGAAACCAAGUUCUGUCUACCAGUCUUUGGAUAACCUUCCGCCGGUAGCUAUCGAACUGAAUCCAGCGCCCUAUGAAAGUAUGGGCCUGGAAGCGUCUAUAGCAUUCUUAGGCGAGGAUGUGCGGAGGUUUGCUGACCUGUGCAACGAACUGGCCUUCAAGCUCUGGACAUCAAUAACCGGAAAGGGCCAGAUAGCCUCACGGAGUCUUGUCAUGUCACCUUUUGCUGUUACCUCCCUCUUGGCUAUGGUAUUCCUGGGAGCUAGGGGGCCGACGUCGGGACAAAUGAACGAUGUUCUUCGCCUCGACGAUAUGGUCACCUUCAACCCCCAUCAAGUACUCCAAAACGUCACUGAAUCCGUCAUUAAUUCCAAAAAUAAUGGUAUUGCAACCGCAGCAUUUGUUCGAGAACUUUAUAGUGAUAAGACAAAGGGUAAAAUUUUAGAUUUUUACAAGGAGAGGGUACAGCAGUACUACCAAGGACAUGUCGAAGAGGUUACAUUCACAACCAUUGGAGACAUCAUCCGAAGAAGAACUAACUUGCUAGUGAAGAGACAGACAUUGGGAAAAGUACCAGAAUACUUGCGCGGCUCGAGCCUCAACAUGCGUCCACCCUUGGCAGCCUUCAGUGCCAAUAUAUUCCAAACUGACUGUGAGCAUGGUUCUACAGAAGGUCGUGACGGAGAAAUGUACUUUGUAGUAAGACCUUCUACUAGGCAAAGGAGGCUUGUUCCAGUACCAGCAGUCGUUUGGAGAUCAGGAUUCCUUGCAGGUUACGAACCGAGUCUUGAUGCCACUUCAGUCUGCCUCGGUCCAGAGUCUGUUGUAUCCACCAUCCUCAUCUUGCCAGGACAGCAAGGACAGGUCGCACCAGGUGACGGCUUGGCACGAUUAGAGCAGCGCCUCAUUGAAACUACAUAUAGAAGGGGAGGCUGGUCUCAGAUCUUGAGAAGUUUAAUGCCGAGACCUGGGUUGGAGCUCCAGAUUCCCAGGUUCUCACAUAGAUCUGUCCUCAAUAUGACCGGGGCCCUCCAACGGAUGGGCUUGCGAGAUCUCUUCAAUGCGCGGCGAGCCGAUCUGCGUGGCCUCAAUGGUCUCUCGAAUGAUUUGCACCUCUCCGACAUGCUGCAAGUGAACACAUUCAGUACCUGUGGAGAAGAAACUAUUGGUGCUAGACAUCACGUCGAAACCUACCCAGCAUCUCCACAGCGAAUUGGUAGGGAUGAGACAGAUCACUACUCAUCCAGAGAUUUAGAUUAUGCAUUCGGAGAUUUGCAGUUAUCAUUGAGGCCUAGGCAAGCUAGACUUCCUGACAACCCUAGAUUGAGAUUUGAUAGACCUUUUCUCUAUAUGGUCAGGCACAAUCCAUCAGGGAUGAUCCUCCAUAUGGGCAGGUUCAACCCCAGGCUAUUGCCUUGAAAUAAAUUACUGCCUGAUUGGCAAUGAACUCGAUGUAUUUUACAUUUCUGUGAGUAUGUGUGAUAUAUUAGGAGUUUCGAAGUAAAAAUUAUGAAUGAAUUAUAAAAAAUAACAAUUCUAUUUCACUAAUAGAUUUAUCGAAGUUUAAUCUAUUUAAUGUGACUGUAUGAAAUAGGAGAUAAUAAUCAUUUAUUUGUAAAUAAUAAAUUAUAAAAGGUUUAAAGUGAGAAGCUUUAGAACCAUACUGUAUAUUUAUUCAUUCGAUUUUACUGAUGUUUAUUAACAAAUGUAUAUUUUAAUCACAAAUUGUAUUACCCUCUGAAAUCUGUGAUUGAAAUAGCUAUAAAAACCUUGGUGGAAUCGAAGGAAUAUUUCAUUCAUAUAAAAAAUAAAUACAAUGAAAGUGGCAAUAUUAAUGUGGCAAUAUUUGCGGAAGUCUUAACAAAUUUAAAUUUUUUUAUUUAUUUUACUUCUUAUUUGUUACAAAUAUAUUUUUCAAGUACAAAGCACAAUGAAAAACUAUUAAAAUUUUGUAUAAAUUUUUUUUAAGGUAUAAUUUUAACUUGUAUAUUAUUAUAUUUUAAGUGUUCCUUGUGAAUUAAUUUAUUUUUAUUAAAAUAAAUUAUUUGUUUUUUU